AUGAGGUUAGAAAUUUUAGAAAAUUCAGCGAUUAUCGGAAACAAUAAGAUCAGAACGCUUAUUCCAGACGAUUGUAGCGAAGUAUAUUUUAUGGCAAAGGACGUAGCACUUGCACUCGGAUACAAGGAUACAUCCAAAGCCGUUACAACAGAUACAGACGAAAGAUCGAGAGUUAGAUAUGAAAAUGUAGAAGGUGGGCGAAACGCCCACCUUCCCACAAUGCAUCCUGAUACGAUAUUUAUCACCGAAUCUGGUAUUUACGAUCUUGUAUUUGGUUCAAAAUUACCCGCCGCUAAGGAAUUCAGAUGGUGGGUUGUAAGCGAUGUUCUUCCAUCCAUUCGGAAAACGGGAAGGUAUGCACUACCCGGUGUUAUGGAAGCUAUCGAUAACGUUAAGGAUGAAAAAUUACGUCAACUUUCCGAGAAAGAACGGAAAGAAGGACGUACCAAACUAAGACAUAAAAGUAAUAUUGUAAAAGAUCCGAAAGCAGUUUUACGUGGAAGGAAAGGUGGAUUAGCCGCGCAGGAAAAUAUUAGACAGACCAGAAAAGAUCUGGAAAGAAAAGAAUCUCAAGUUUGCGAUCAGGGAAAAGAAAUUACUGAACUCAGAGAAAAGGUAUUAUACCUACUAGCUGAAAUAGACGAACUCGAAGACGAGAACGAAAAACUCUAGAUUGAAAAUAAAAAAAACUUAAAGAACAAUAAAAAAAAAAAAAAAAAAAUUUUUCACUUAAUAAAUAAAAGAGAGAAUGGAUGAUCUGAAUUUGUUUGGUAUUACCUUACUGACCGCAAGUGUUUUAAGUGUUUCAUAUAUCCAGGAUGUGAUGACGAGUUUAUGGAUUCCAGGAAAAAGUGCGAUGUCGACGGGUCUUAUCGCUGGCGGAGGUACGUUUGUCAUAACGUAUUUAACGGGACUUAGAAACGAAGUAACAUCCCUGGAAAAUGAAAUGGACGAACUCGAAGACAAGAACGAACGACUUCGGGUCGAAAAUAAAAUUUUAAAAGAACGAUAA